UACGCUGUUAAAUCUCGAGAAAUUGUCCCCACCACUUUUUCAACGCCCAUGCAGACAACUAAAGCAUAUAAAAUAAAUACGAGUGAAGUAUAUUCUGUCUGCCCUCUUGCCUCCCUGCCUCUCGUUUGAUUGACAGGCCCAGGCCCCGCCCACAAGAGGCGCCUGACGCUGAGCCGCAGCCCCUCUCAUUUCCAGACCCGUUGAUCUCCAUUUUCUUCUUUCUCGAUAUUCAGCAGCAGAGUCGUAAAAGACUUGAAAAAUGAAUGAAGAGUACGACGUUAUCGUGUUGGGCACCGGACUCACGGAAUGCAUUUUAUCAGGCAUCAUGUCGGUGAAGGGGAAGAAGGUCCUGCACAUGGACCGUAACUCCUACUAUGGAGCGGAGAGUGCCUCCAUCACGCCUCUGGAAGAUCUCUACAAGCGCUUCAGCCUGCCGGGGAAACCGAGUGAAUCAAUGGGGAAAGGCCGGGACUGGAACGUGGACCUGAUCCCUAAAUUCCUGAUGGCCAACGGCCAGCUGGUGCGCAUGCUGCUCAUCACGAAGGUGACCAAGUACCUGGACUUCAAAGUGAUUGAGGGCAGCUAUGUGUACAAGAAGGGCAAAAUCUAUAAAGUCCCCUCCACUGAGGCUGAGGCUCUGUCAUCAAGUCUGAUGGGCUUAUUUGAGAAAAGGCGCUUUAAAAACUUCCUUCAGUUUGUCGCUAAGUAUGACCCGGAAGACCCCAAAACCAUGGAAGGCAUCGACCCCACAAAGACUCCAAUGAGGGACGUUUUUGCGAAGUUCAGUCUGGGUCAGGAUGUCAUGGACUUCACUGGCCACUCCCUGGCCCUCCACCGCACAGACGACUACCUGGAUCAACCUUGCCUCGAUACGAUAAAAAGGAUCAAGCUUUACAGCGAGUCUCUGGCCAUGCAUGGAAAGAGCCCAUACCUCUACCCACUGUACGGCCUGGGAGAGCUUCCACAAGGGUUUGCCAGGCUGAGUGCCAUCUACGGCGGGACGUAUAUGUUGAACAAGCCCAUCGAGGAGAUCGUGGUGGAGGAUGGGAAGGUGGUGGGAGUCAAGUCUGAGGGAGAGAUCGCCAGGUGCAAGCAGCUGAUCUGCGACCCGAGCUACGCUAUGGACCGCGCCACCAAAGUGGGUCAGGUGAUCCGAGCCAUCUGCAUCUUAAAUCACCCCAUCGCCAACACUGGUGACGUCAACUCCUGCCAGAUCAUCAUCCCCCAGAGCCAGGUCGGCAGGAAGCAUGACAUCUACGUUUGUCUGGUCUCCUUUGCUCACAACGUGGCCGCACAAGGUAAAUAUAUCGCCAUCAUCAGCACCACAGUGGAAACAAGCGACCCUGAGAAGGAGAUCGAUUCAGCCCUGGAGCUAAUCAAGCCCAUCGAGCAGAAGUUUGUCAGCGUCAGUGACCAGUACGCACCAACUGACAUGGGCACCGACAGCCAGAUGUUCAUCUCUCGUACUUACGAUGCCACGACUCACUUCGAGACCACCUGUGACGACAUCAAAGACAUCUACCAGAGGAUGACCGGCUCAGAAUUUGACUUUUCCGAGAUGGAGCGCACGAAGCAAGACUGCUUCGGAGACGUAGAGUAGAGUCCGAGCAUCCCCAACACUCCUGAUUAUCAAAGAUGACGACGCUGCCGACAACUGAAAUCUUACAAUUCAAAUUAGAAAUCCUUCACAAAAAUGUAAUGGGCUGGCUGAUCAUCCAAGUACAUGGCUUUUCCUCUUGAGGAAGCUCAUGAUAUAUCUAGAGAUUUGUUAUAGUUAUUGUGGGAUAUUUUUCAGGGAGGGGGCUAUGCUUUAUCAAAUCUCAUUCUGUUGGAUGUUGCACUAAACACUGGUUAUGCCUAAUAUACAGUUAAUACCCUACAUACUUCUGCUUAUCAUGUUGAUUUAUAGUCCAAAGAUGCCAAAUGAAAUGACGAUUCAUAUUCAAAAGUAUCUUACAUAGUGGAUAUACGUUGGGGUGGGAGUGGGGGGGUUACAUUUUUCUGUUAUUGUAAAAGAAAAAAGCGUUUGGAAGUAAAUAUCUAUACGUCAGUUAUUGGUCUUUGCAAGUAUUUGUUCAUGUCAGGGUGAGGAAGGUGGCUUGGUUUUGUGCAUCUGACAGCCAUUAGAGAGGGUCCCUGUUCAUAUCAGCAGAACGAGGGGCAAGGGGUGAUUGGAUUAGAUAUCUUUGUGUCUUUUUAACCCCUUUUACUGUCUAGUCUCCAGCAUAGCCAGACACAAUAAAGACCAAGCCACAAAGGGUGACUGUAGCCCAGCGUAAACUACCCAAAGCUGUUCAAAACGGCUUUAUAUACACCAUGAUGCAUUAGAGAUACAUUAGUUCCUGUAUCAUGCACAGUGAUGGAAGAGCAGGUUAAUGGGAAGUGUGGAUGAGUGUAUUUGCUUAAGAAGGACCAAAUGUGUACUGCAGCAGUAUUGAAUUUAUGAGAGCCCUGUGUGAUAUACUCUGUCUUCAAACCACUUAAAAGAAACGUCUUGGGCUCAAAUGAUUUCUGUACUGCAAAGUAAAAACAACUUUGUCAAAAAUCAAA